AUGACCGAUGCGGCACCACGCGUGCUCUUCUGUGAAGGUGAACAAGCUUCACAAAGCAUCGACUUUCGAUUGUACAGUCUUCUCUUUGAUGCAAACAAAAUUGAAGUGCGUCCAAUGGAAGGAGGUUGUGAAGGUGUCAGAGUGAAAACAAAACCCGCUCAAAGUGCUAGUGAAGUGCUUCGUUCGCCGCGUCAUUACUUUGGUAUACGCGACCGCGAUCGAAACUUCGGUAUUGCACAGAGAUUUAUUGUUAUUUUACCUAUUGCCGAAAUUGAAAAUUUAUUUUGGGUACCGAAACUAUGGCCGCUCUUCCAUAAAAUGCUGAAGGCAUUAGGAAAGAAUGUAUCAGAAGAUCAUGUUCGACAAAAGAAAAACGAAUUUUGGAACAAAUUUCGUUCACUAUUGAAAACGCGUAUGUACUAUUAUAUGUCUGAAUACGCCCAAGAUCAUUACAAAAAUCUCCAUCAAGAGAAACAGCCCCGCAAAAACCAGCGAAACGAUCGAAUACGGGACCACAAAGACAAUCCGGAAGAAAUUCAUCAGAUCAUGAAUAAAUAUUAG